AUCUUAUUUAUUUAUUUUGAAUAAGAGUUUUUUUAUUUUUUCCUCUGAGCUCUGGCUAACUACCACCUUCCCAACUAUCUGCUAACCACACGCUCUUUCAAUGCCCCCUCAAAACCCCCUUUCUCUCUUACUUUUAAUUUUUCAUUUAUUUUUUAUUUUUAUUUUUCAAAUUAUCUUUUUCUCUCUCUUUAAAUACCUGUAAUAGACGAACCUUAACACACUCAUAGCUCAAAACCUCUGUUUUCUCUGGUUUAAGCUCACGUAGAGAGGGAAAGAGAGGAAGAGAGAUAGAGAGAGACUGAGAGAGAAGGAAAAUGGCGCCAGCUGCCUUUUGGAAUUCGCCGAGGACGGUUUGCGUGAUGGAUGCGUCGGGCCGAUUGGGCUCCGCACUCGUCCACCGCCUCUUGCAGCGAGGAUACACCGUCCACGCCGCUGUGCACAACCACGAUAAGUUGACGUGCUACGAGAGACAAUCUAGAGAUAACAAGAGGUUGAGAGUUUUUCAGUGUGAUCCAUUAGAUUAUCACAGCAUUUUGGAAGCACUUAAGGGAUGCUGUGCCUUGUUCUACUCCUUUGAGCUACCUCCAGAUCACCCAACCUAUGAUGAGUGGAUGGGUGAAUUGGAAGUAAGAGCUGCACAUAAUGUGUUGGAAGCGUGUGCACAGACGGACACCAUUGACAAGGUGGUUUUCACCUCGUCUGCCACGGCUGUAAUCUGGCGUGAUCACCAACACGAUAGCCUCCCGCCCGACAUGGAUGAGAGAAAUUGGAGCGACAUUAACUUCUGUAAAAAGUUCAAGUUAUGGCAUGGGCUUUCGAAGACAAUAGCCGAAAAGACAGCAUGGGCUCUUGCCAUGGACAGAGGUGUAAACAUGGUCUCGAUAAAUGCGGGCCUUUUGAUGUGCCCCAACUUGAGCAUCAAGGAUCCCUAUCUUUUGGGGGCAGCCGAGAUGUUUAAGGAUGGUGUAUUUGUCACAGUUGAUCUCAAAUUCUUGGUCGAUGCCCACAUUUGUGUUUUUGAGGACCCUUCUUCCUAUGGUCGAUACCUUUGCUUUAACCGAAUCAUUAACUCGAGUGACGAUGCAGUCCAGCUGGCGACCAUGCUUUUGCCACCGUCAUCAUCGGACAUGUUGGAGGAUGAGAGGUGCUAUCAGCAGAGGAUUAGUAAUGAGAAAUUGAGCAAAAUUAUGGUGGAUUUUGAGAGUGGAGUGUCAAUUUCAACAAGCAGUGUUGAAUGAUUGCUUGUUAUUAUUGGAUGGAAAAAGAUACAUCUGUAUUGGUGUAAAACAUAUGAUGAUGUAUUGAACACUGUACAAGAAUGUUCAGUGAAAAUAUGUAUGUACACUUUGCCAGGUUUAGAUAUUUAGAUUAUCAUAAGCUAAAGUAAUGUAGCAUUAUGUUAUCAAAUUGAUUCUUUGAACCUUGGCUAAAAGGUGUAGAGUGGGAAAGUGAUGAGAUGGGGAUUAUGAUUAUUAUAUUAUUCCUUACAAUGUACCCAGUCUUCAACUUUAAUCUAUGAAUAUCUCAUUCCACUUUGGAUGUAUUCUUUUAUUUUUAAAAUUUUGCUGUC